CCAGCCGUCCCCACCCGGCGUCGCCGGGGUCCCCUCCACCCCGACAUCCGGGCUGGCAGCGAUGCGGGGGGCAAAGAGGAGCCAACCUACGGGUUGUCACUGGUGACAGCGGAGACAGCGACUAACGUCGACGACGGACUCGGCGUCUCACUCCGCUUCCCCGCCUCCCCCGGAACAGGAACCGGAAAUCCGGCUGCCCCGGAUCAUGUGAUCGGCCGCCAUAUUGAGUGGUGGCAGCUGCUGGGAGGAGGAGGAGGAGGAGGGCUGUCAGACGGGCUCUGCUUCUCUUAAAGGCGUGACUUCCAAGCUGGGGGGAAGGUUCUGUGGAUCGUGACGGGGAGGUGGAGGAGGAGAUGGCGGCGACGGCGCGGGAAGAUGGCGUCCGCAGCCCGGAGCGAGGGCGGUGGGGCUGCGAGCACUAUGACAGAGGCUGUCUCCUCAAGGCACCUUGUUGUGACAAACUUUAUACUUGCCGGCUGUGUCAUGACAACAAUGAAGAUCAUCAGCUAGAUCGUUUCAAAGUAAAGGAAGUUCAGUGCAUCAACUGUGAAAAAAUCCAACAUGCCCAGCAGACUUGUGAAGACUGUAACACAUUGUUUGGAGAAUAUUACUGCAGUAUAUGCCAUCUGUUUGACAAAGAUAAAAAGCAGUACCAUUGUGAGAACUGUGGGAUUUGUAGGAUUGGUCCAAAGGAAGAUUUUUUCCACUGCUUGAAAUGUAACUUAUGCCUAGCCAUGAAUCUUCGAGGAAAACAUAAGUGUAUUGAAAAUGUUUCCCGGCAGAAUUGUCCAAUAUGCUUAGAGGACAUUCACACGUCCCGGGUUGUUGCUCAUGUCUUGCCAUGUGGGCAUCUCUUACAUAGAACAUGUUAUGAAGAAAUGUUGAAAGAAGGCUACAGAUGUCCCUUGUGUAUGCAUUCUGCCUUAGAUAUGACCCGCUACUGGAGACAGUUAGAUAAUGAGGUAGCACAGACUCCUAUGCCAUCAGAAUACCAGAACGUGACUGUUGAUAUUCUCUGCAAUGACUGUAAUGGACGAUCUACAGUCCAGUUCCAUAUUUUAGGCAUGAAAUGUAAGAAUUGUGACUCCUACAAUACUGCUCAAGCUGGAAGUCGUAGAGUUUCAGUGGAUCAGCAGUGAGCAACCUGUUCUUGGCUGGAAGAACAGUUUUGUGAUGUAGAUAAAGCCUGUAUAAAAGAUCCCGUUGUCAGAAUGUGUGCUAACUAUGCAUUAGAGAUGUCUCAUUCCAUAGUCGCACCAGCAGGUCAUAUCAUAUGCACCAAGGACUCAAGAUCUCUGGGUGGAAUAUCACUGCUCUUCCUGGAUGAAGCUUCUGCAUGUGUGUUGACUGGAGAUUCCUUUAGUGUCAAGUUUUAAAGCCAAUGAUGUUUGCCCAGACAUUCAUAGAAUAUUUUAUAUUUUUAUGGAACUUUAAGUGACACCAUGCAUGCAGAGUUCAUUUCUAGUUCUUGAUAGAACUGCAUUUAAUUUUAACUAGUCUUUGAUUUUAAGGACUGUACUAUAAUUUUUAAGUUCUUGUUAAAAUCUAAUUACAAAUGCUUUUGAAUUUUCUAAGACAGUCCUUUGGAUCCUAUAAAUAAAAUUUAAUGUAAAAACUAUAAAUAAAAUUAUAUUGAAACAUUGUU